CGGUGUGUACUUGUGGCUGCUCCGACACUGCAGUCGCCUGCUUGUCGGACCGGACUGCGGAUUACACGGGGGUGACCAUUGGUGCUCGCUGGGGGUCAAAAAUGGUGAAAAUUACGACAGUGAAGACCAAGCCGUACACGGACCAGAAGCCCGGGACUAGCGGUCUGAGGAAGAGGGUGACGGUGUUUCAGCAGAACCAGCACUAUGCGGAAAACUUCAUCCAGAGCAUUAUCUCUGUCAUCGAGCCUGCCGAGCGCCAGACGGCCACUCUGGUGGUGGGAGGGGAUGGCAGGUUUUUCAUGAAAGACGCUAUUCAGCUGAUCGUCCAGAUUUCAGCUGCCAACGGGAUAAAUCACCUAGUGAUUGGUCACAAUGGCAUCAUGUCCACCCCAGCAGUCUCCUGUGUGAUCCGCAAGAUAAAAGCAGUGGGUGGCAUCAUCCUCACAGCCAGUCACAACCCCGGAGGCCCCAAUGGAGACUUUGGCAUCAAGUACAACAUUUCCAGCGGAGGACCUGCUCCAGAGGGCAUCACAAAUAAAAUAUUUGAGAUCAGCAAAAGCCUGCAGGAGUAUCACAUCUGCCCAGACCUCAAAGUGGAUUUGUCUAAGAUUGGCAAGCAGACCUUUGAAGUGGACACUUUCAAGCCCUUCACAGUGGAGAUUGUGGACUCAGUUGAUGACUAUGCAGAGAUGCUAAGGGGGAUCUUUGACUUUGCUGCAUUGAAGGAGCUUCUUUCAGGAGCCAAUCACAUUAAUGUCAGACUGGAUGCCAUGCAUGGAGUGGUUGGUCCUUAUGUGAAGAAGAUAGUGUGUGAAGAGCUGGGGUCUCCAGCAAACUCUGCAGUCAAUUGUGUCCCCCAGGAAGACUUUGGUGGUCACCACCCUGACCCCAACUUGACCUAUGCUGCUGACCUGGUCAAAACCAUGAAAGGUGGAGAAUAUGACUUUGGAGCUGCAUUUGAUGGUGAUGGUGAUCGCAACAUGGUGCUGGGUAAACAUGGCUUCUUUGUGAACCCCUCGGACUCUGUGGCUGUCAUUGCUGCCAACAUCAAAAGCAUCCCGUACUUCCAGAAGACCGGCGUCAAAGGACUGGCCCGUAGCAUGCCUACCAGUGGAGCCUUGGACAAUGUGGCUAAAACGCUGCAGAUGGACCUGUAUGAGACUCCAACUGGCUGGAAGUUCUUUGGGAAUUUGAUGGAUGCUGGUAAACUCUCUCUGUGUGGAGAGGAGAGCUUUGGCACUGGCUCGGAUCAUAUCCGUGAGAAGGACGGCUUGUGGGCGGUGCUUGCGUGGCUGUCAAUCUUAGCCACCAGGAAACAGAGCGUGGAGGAGAUAAUGAAAGAUCACUGGCAGAAGUUUGGCAGGAACUUUUUCACCAGGUACGACUACGAGGAAGUUGACUCAGAUGCUGCCAAUAAGAUGAUGAAGGAUCUGGAGGCGGCAAUGUCCGAUCCAUCCUUUAAAGGAAAGAAGUUCUCAUCAGGCGAUAAGACCUACGAGGUGGCCAUCGCUGAUAAUUUUGCCUAUACAGACCCUGUCGAUGGGAGUGUUUCCAAAAACCAGGGCCUCCGAAUCAUCUUCUCCGAUGGUUCGAGGGUCAUUUUCCGUCUCAGCGGUACAGGCAGUGCUGGAGCAACCAUCAGGCUCUACAUAGACAGCUACGAGAAGGACGCGCAGAAGAUUUACCAGGAUCCACAGGCGAUCCUGGCUCCUCUGGUAGACAUCGCCCUCAAGCUCUCCCAGCUCCACGAGAGGACUGGACGCACCGGCCCGACUGUGAUCACAUGAUUCCGUUGCCACACUGCCUCCGCUCAUGCUCAGCAACAGGAUACCGACACUCUGUCUGGGGUGACGCUGCCCUUGAAUGCUGUCUUGGCUUCAGUUUCUGGCUCUUUUUAAAGAAAUAGAGCUGGACAAUAACAUGCAGGGUGAAUACAUGAGCAGCUCUUAAUUUUUACUUAAAGUCAUCCAUUUCCUUUCUCUAAUGCUAGUACCCAGUGAGCUUUAAUGGUGUUUUCUUUGAAAUGUUGGUGAACAUCUGCCUGAGGGUUCUGAUCUUGUCCUGUAAGCUUAAAAUGACAUAAAUGCAUUAGCUUAUGUUCCAACGUUAUGAAGAAAAGAUUGGACUUUAGAAACAAGUUUGCUAGCUUCAGUAACAUGCUCUGUGUUCAUUUCAAGAAAAAAUGUGCUUCAUGUAAUGUCAGGAAUAAUAAUGUUAUUGUCCUGCUCUGUUCCUAAACUGUAUAUCAUAAAACUGAAAAAGUGCCAAACUGACCAUAGUUCAGCAAUUAGGGGAAACCUCACCCCUUUCCCUCCACUCCCCACCCCCAUACUGACCUGGUGCCUUCUCCUCCUCCUGAUUUCCAAAACCACCAAAUUAGCCUAAUGGGAUACACCAAACCAGUUACUGUCAAACCAACACGUCCACCAGUGAAUAAAAGAACCUUACAUAAAA